GGGACGAGUGCGAGCUCCUUCUGCGCCAAGGUGCAGCCCGGCGGCGGCGGCGGCAGGAGGAUGCGAGCCGAGGGCGGCCGAGCCGCGGAGCAGCUACCUGUGUGGCCCGGGCGGCCGCUGCCGGGACCUGCCGGAGACAUCGCCAUGUGAAGGGGCAGACCCCAGGCCGGCUCUCCACCCCGCCUCGCUCAGUGGGAGAUCUAAUUGGCUUUACACAGGCAAUGCUCCCGAAGACUGUAUGAUAAUUCCUGGUGGCUGAAAGAGGAGGCACGUUGGAGCCUGUACAGAAAAGGAACAAGAACAGGAGGGCAAGAGCUUCUUACUGCCCCUCUGGCAGAGGAUCCAAGUGCGUGGCCUGUCUGCAAGGCAAGCAAAGUACUAGUUUUCAGAAAGUAAGCUAGACUGAGAGCCACCUCAAGGCACUUGGAACUCGGGAGGAAGAGGACUAGUGCCAGCAUGGAUAAGGACAGCACAAACCUGGCUGACCAACAGUAUGAAUAUGUGGCAGAGAUUGGGGAAGGAGCUUACGGAAAGGUGUUCAAAGCCCGAGACUUGAAGAACGGAGGUCGCUUUGUCGCGCUGAAGCGGGUACGGGUGCAGACCAGUGAGGAGGGAAUGCCACUGUCUACCAUCCGAGAGGUGGCAGUUUUGAGGCACCUGGAGACGUUCGAACACCCCAACGUGGUCAGAUUGUUUGAUGUGUGCACCGUGUCACGAACAGACAGAGAGACCAAGUUAACAUUAGUGUUUGAACAUGUGGAUCAAGACUUGACUACUUACUUGGAUAAAGUUCCAGAGCCUGGAGUGCCUACUGAAACUAUAAAGGAUAUGAUGCUUCAGCUGUUUCGGGGACUGGAUUUUCUGCAUUCGCAUCGUGUGGUGCAUCGGGACCUGAAACCUCAAAAUAUCCUUGUAACCAGCAACGGGCAGAUAAAGUUAGCUGACUUUGGCCUUGCACGAAUCUACAGUUUUCAGAUGGCUCUUACCUCGGUGGUUGUUACUUUGUGGUAUAGAGCUCCUGAAGUCUUGCUUCAGUCCAGUUAUGCAACGGCAGUUGAUCUUUGGAGUGUUGGCUGCAUAUUUGCAGAAAUGUUCCGUCGAAAACCACUCUUCCGUGGAAAUUCAGAUGUUGAUCAGCUAGGAAAAAUCUUUGAUGUAAUUGGACUCCCAGAAGAGGAGGACUGGCCUAAUGAUGUUGCCCUUCCAAGAAACGCUUUUACUUCCAGACCUGCACAACCUAUUGAAAAAUUCGUACCAGAUAUUGAUGAACUAGGCAAAGACUUGCUUCUUAAAUGCUUAGCAUUCAAUCCAGCCAAGAGAAUAUCUGCCUGUGUUGCCCUCUCUCACCCAUAUUUCCAUGAUCUGGAGAAAUUCAAGGAGAAUCUGGACUGUCACAUGUCAUCCAGCCAAAACUCCAGUGAGGUGAAUGCAUCAUAAGUGCUGACUGAAGAUGAACCAUAACUGAACAAGACAUGUAGCUGACAAGGCCACUGUCCUGUACAAACCACAUAGCUGUCCUAGCGAAGAUCAUUAUUUGGAGGUUUUAUGCACUUAUCUUUUAUUUUGGGAUUGUGAUGUGCUUAUCCGUGGAAAUCAAUCUAGUUUACCUUUAUCAGAGCAAUGCAAGGGCCAGGGCUUUGGCCUGCUCCCAUUGUAGCUUUAUGUUUGUUUUGUUUUUGUUUUGUUUAUCUACCUGGGAAAACUCCAGACGAAGAGAAGCUGCUGACUGGUUUUGCUGCCGUUUUAUUCUUCUAAUAUUGAAUGCUGCCAGUGUGGAGUUUGAUGAUCGAGUCACUGCCAAAACAUGAUGCAAUCUCUCUCUCUCUCUCUCUAGCUGCUGAAGCUUGAUGUGGUACUUUUUUAUUAUUAUUUUGUGAUCUCUUACGGUGAUAUUUAAAGAAUGGCAUUGAAAUAUCAGAUCUCUGCAACCUGCAGUUAACUGAUACCCGUGUUAAUACAUCCAGCUACUGUUCAUUCAUAGCAUAUAUGCAGGUGCUUCCCCACUUGAAAACUUGGAUGAAUUAUUUUAUUGUUUCAUUGCUCUCUAAAAAUAACAAUGAUGAUGGUGAUCAUAGAAAAUGUACCCACUUUUAGGUUUUUUUCAUGCACAAACAAGUUAUUAUCUGGCUGCGUUUGUGUGCACGUUUCAAAAAACUGUCUUGUUCUUAAAGACUCUUUCAGUUUCCAAAGGGUUGGUUUGUGUUGAAAUGCAGGCACAUUCUAGCCCAUCAUCUAACCCGUCAUUUUCCCCUGGAAACAGCUGCAAGUAUAUUUUCCUUAUCUCAUUCAAAAUUUUCUGGUGUGCAGCUCAAAGACAUGAGCACAGCCAAUGAAAAUCAGUAGAUUUUCACCUUCAACGUGUUCUGGUUAGCAGCCAAAAAGGAAAGUAGAAAAAAUAUUUCUGGUUCAGAAGCAGAGAAUCCUAUACCUGUAAUAAGCACAGAUAAGUAUCUGUGCUGCUGUAUGCUGUAUACUGUGCUGCCUUACCUGCAACACCCCCCAAGCAUCACAAGUGCAUAGCAUUACUGUCUCAAAAUCCCUCAGAUGUCACUUAUGAAGCAGACUUGUUUUCUAUGCAGAAAUGUAUGACCUUCUCUCCUAAAGCACCAUGUGGGUAUACUGGCACAUGCCUCUCCACUAGGGUUAAUGUGCUAUUAUUGAAUGUCAAAAUAACUAAGCAAAUCACAUGUCUUUAUAGCACAGUUAUUUUAAAUAUUACAUGAAAAUUUUAUAUUUAGUAUUUUUACCUUAAAUAUAUUUUCAGUAUUUUGAAAAGAAACUUUUAUUUUUUUAAUACUGUACUGGGGAAAAAGAAAUAUUUUAAAUCCAUUAAAGCUGGUUCCCUAGCAGGAAUUUAGUGCAUUUACCUGGAUACGACUUGGGGGAAAAUACUGGUCCAGCAAGUAUAACUGAUGCUAAGUGAGGCAGCCAGCUUUGCUUACUCCUGUGACAGUCCCUUAGGCUUCUCUCUUCCUCAUUUCUAUUUGAUCUUGUCUAGGUAGUGAACCAGCAUUAUAUCCUCGUCAACAGCACGCUUGGCAGGAGCAGGUCCUUACCAGUUGAGCAAUACAAUUUUUGCAGUUGCGACAGAGGAACUUGUAGCUGUCUCCCUGGCAAGUCUCUCUCUCUUGUGAUAGACUGAAUGAUGUGGCAAACUUCGCUGUUAACUCUGUUUUGGGUAUCUGCACUGUCUGGGACAUGGUCCACUACCAGGAUAGUGAGUGGAUUUUACCUGUCUCUUGGAUAAAGCUUUUUGUUACUGUUAGACACAUAAGUAUGUGAUGCGGGGUUAAAUUAGGUCUGCUUUAGAGAAGACAGAUUUUAAAAGGACCACUUGCAUACUUGCGUGCAGUGGCCUGUGCUUUUCUUCAUGCCCAGAAUGAGCCUAUGCAAAACUUACCAGCAUGAACAGGCAAGUUGCAAAUUAGGCCUGGCAAGAGCAUGCAUAAGGCAUCUGCACGCAGAGAUAGCACAGAUGCAUAACACAAGAAUUUUGGAAGCUUUGUGAGCAGGCAGUUGAAAGCCAGGGAGUGGUCACAGCAGCUAACCCUCUAAGGCUGACCUUCCCUUUGUCAUUCUCUCUGUUCCUACGUCCCAGGGGAACUGUGAACCCACUGUACUGGUGUUCUCCCAGUGCCAUUCCUCCAUGGGUCAAUGGACCCCAGUGUGACUAAUUUUUAACAUUCAAAGAAAAGGAUGUGCCAGAAUGAAAUUUUUACUAACAAUUUUUGAACACUAAUUAGAACAACAAACAGAGACAAAAUUCAGGAGACUCUUGCAACAGUAGCAAAUAGAAAAGUUUUCUACAGAGUUUAGCACUUUCAAAAACAUUCCAUGUUUUACCUUGUGCUGAGCUAUCAAUCAUACAUAACCUUAUCAGGGCAUUCAGCUGGUGUGGCUUCCCAGCAACUGUUCAGGGAACUCUCCCCAGAGCUCUCCACCGACUAAUACAGAGUGAAAAUGUAGGGGAGGAGACAAUAUUUUCAAAUUAGGCAUAAAACUCUCAGAUAGAAAUGUGCAUCUGUUCCAUGUAAGAACCUGUUGUAUUAAGCUUAGCAAAGCAAAGGCUAGAAGAGAAUGUGAUUGCUGAAUGUAGGUACAUUAUUAGGGUAAAACAAAAAGGAGAGGAGAGAACUCUUUAAGCCAAAGGUUAGUGUUGGCUCAAAAACUAAUGAAUAUGUGGAAAUCACUGGGAAGUUAACUACUGGAGGAGUAUUUCCCAAGCACAGUAGUAUCAGACAAAGAGCUCAGAGAGCAGCAGAAUAAAACUGAGGUUGGUUUAUGAAAUCAAGAGCAGAGCUUCUGCAACAUGGUGCUGUAUGUUGUCUAAUGUAGUAGGAUCAGGUUAUAAAUGAGGUAUUCAGGAGAACAGCUUGCAAAGGGCUGCAUUAAUGAUCGCGUUCUGGAACAUCCUUCCAGUGGGAAUGGAAGGAACAUAAACAAGAAAUCUAAGUUCUGUCUUGGCAGGGUUAGGGAAAAUAUUUCUCUAAUGGGGUCCUUAUGGUAACGAGGACCUAGAUUCAAAGGACCAAUAGUUUUUCAAAUUACCUCCUUUUCCAAAUCUCUAGGAAGAAAUUCCAUUUGACAUGCCAUAGGCUUGCUCUUAUUCCAGUCUUCCCUGCCAAACUGUGGGGCUUCAUUUACACUAGUAAAAUGAGAAAGCCUGUUCUCUGGCUGGGAAAAGCACUGUCAUUGGCUAAAAUCAUGCCAGGAGUCGUGUUUAUAAUUAGACAGCACAGACAACUGUGGGACUGUGCUCAAACCCAUGCCCUUGCUCUUCUUAUUUUACACUGGUAUAUCUCUAGUAUUUUAGUACCUUUACUCAUUACUGCUAUAUGUGUAGGAUGUAGGAAUUGUGUAUGUGAAAAAGAAAGUGCUGUGAUGAAAACUCUUUGUACACCCUUUAAAUAAGAUUUCAGAGUGCAGUUCUUCUUAGUGAUAGCUAAGCCUGUAUGUGUUCUACAGGAGUGGUUCAACAGCAGCUAAAAAAUACUGAAUAACAAAAGAUAUAUUAAAUAUAGCUCCUAGAGCACCCACAACCAGACUCUGUGCUCUUCUGAGCAGAGAACAGGGUGUUCUAAGUAAUGGAAGGAGCAAUUUCUAUCUCCCACCAACCCUUCUUUUUUUUUUUUUUUUUAAUCACUACUACAUAAUUCCACAGAAAAAAAAAACAAUAGCCAAGGGAAAAAAAAUCAUCAAAGUCAGCUAGUUAAGUGCUAAUUGCUGCACCAUAGAAAUCUAUAUGGAGCAGCCUUUUUCUCUCUUCACCCUGUCCACACAGCCUUCCAGUUCUUUUCCUUCAACUACCUUAUGGAAACAGGUUUCAGUUAUGCUCGCAAGUGCCAUUUCCAACAAGGUUCGUCCGAAUUUUCAAUAGCUGCACAAUGUCAAUGUCCCCUCUGUCGUCCCUAUAAUCAAGUGUUGCUUCUUUUAGUCUGACAACCUAGAACCAGUGAUUAGAAAAGAAUCUCUUUUUCCACCUCCUUGCUUAGCCUUAGUUUUGCAUACACUCGUGUUGCCCUCUGUGUGCCUAGUAAAAUUCUAAAAAUAGGGUUUGUGCAUAUUUCUGUGUAGGCUGUGCCCACACUCCAGGUUUUUUUCAGCCGAUUAGUCCACAAUGGUAGAUGUUUGAGUGUCUUUUCCUGUUGUUUCUGUCCUAAAACACAAAAAAAAUGAGGAUGUCAUGUUUGCAAAGUAAUUGUUGGUUGUUCUGAUGAAUAAGAAGAAAAUAUUGUGCCAUGCUACUUUUCACAGGUUCACUCACUGUCUUUGAGAAGUGUGUUUUAUUAUACAUGUUAUUCUCUCUGCUGUUAGGUAUUAGACCAACUUUAAUAUGGAAAAUAAAGAUAAAAAGUUUGAUUCUGGAUGAUUGUGGUAGAGCAGAUUUUUUUGUUUCCAAAAAAGAUCAGACAAAAGAUACUGCCUUCUAAAAAAAAAACAAACAAAACCAAAACCACAAA